CCGCCAUCUCAGAUCGAUUCGCAGAGUCACAAUGUCGCACGCUGCCCAGAACCUCCUCGUCCGCUCGCCCUAUACCCAGCCGUAUCGGUCUCCUUACGCACCUAAAUAUGCUAUUCCAACCCAUUGGCAUGGCUUGACGAUUGCCAAAGCCACCAAGUACGGCGUCAUCGCUGGCGGUUUCGGCGGUGCUCUCGGACUCUUCGCCCUUUUCUUCUUCGGCGAGGUCCCUCGUGUGCGAAAGGACAUUUUCCAAAAAUUCCCCUUGCUGGACCGCUACUUUGACCGAACCAUCCCUCCUGAGGACAACCCAUUCUAAAUAUAUACCAAGGAAUGUAUAGGGCGGGAAUUGAAAUCGGGGAUGGGGUGAAUGUUAGAGCUGCGCUUGUAGAGUACACGAUUUGACAUAUAGACGUCGAAAUCCAGCCUUUAUUUCUUUUGUCUGAACCGUGCAGUAGGGUAAAAGAUAACAUUAUCAUUCUGAUUACACAUAGUUACUCAGUUAUUUGCUUAGGAUGCUGUGGUAGUUACAUAGCAUGUCAGAGGUAUAUAUCUGAUAAACCCCUAAGAAUCAAAGUGUACAGACUUACUGCUUCUGGCGACUAACCUGACCAUCACAUCGCACUUGUCCCCCAAGGGAAACUAUAAGCGUGGAGAGUAGUGGUCGCUCAAUGACAGU